GGUGGGCGGCAGCGGAGCGCUGGGCCGGGAGAGGGCUGCACGGGUUGGAAGCUCCGACAGAACCUUUGUCUGUCGGCAUCGUGGAGGGAGGACCUGCCCGGAGAAGAGACGGAAAAGAGGAGGGGAGGGCCGGUUGCCCUUUUUCUACUCCAGUCUCCGCUUUAGCCGCUGUCCCUGUGUUCUCCCGUCCCUUGCUUGUAGCGCAGUUCCCCCGUCCCAUCGCUUUCCACCUGCCGCGGGCAAAAGCAUCUUCUUGCCCAGUUUCCGAUCUCUGUUGCACACAGGCAGCCUCACACGCUGCCCCGGUUCCCCAGAGCUCCACGUCUCCCACUUCUUCUUCUCAUCCCUUUUCGGGUGUUACGGCAGUGCCCUGGCCACCCCACCUUCUGCCCUUCCCAGCGCAGCAGCCCCUGCUUUAGGGAGGACAUCUCCAGCUAGUGCUGUAUAUCAGGAACAGGUUCUGCACCACAGGGUGGCGGGCAUGGCACGGGCUGCCCAGGGUGAUGGGCAUGGCCCCAUGUGCCAGAGUUCAGGGAGUGCUUGGACACUACUUUCAGACACAGGGUUUGGAUUUUGGGUGGUCAUGUGUGGAGUCCGGAGUUGGACUCGGUAAUCCUUGUGGGUCCCUUCCAGCAUAGGAUAUUCACACCUUGCUCUGAAUGGCAGCUUGGUGCCCGGGGUGACCAUGCAGAGAACACUCAGACAGCGACAGCACUUCAGGAGCAGACUGCAGGACCCCAAGGAGCCUGAGAGAUGGAGCUCUACACUGGGAUGACUCCUACAGCCUCCACAAUCCAACACAGCCACAGGACAGCUAUGGAGGAGGAUUCCUGAUUGGUGAACCUGACAUAAGCUGCCGAGAUGGACCAAGGAGAAGAUCAAGAUUAUGAGGCCUCAAAGGACAUGGGUGCUGAGAUCGAUCCCUUUCUGAAUCACUUUGCAAGCACACAUCCACAGGACUUGUUGGCAGCAGAAUCCGUAGGAGAAGAGGAACAGCUGGAGAACGGUGAUGGAAGUCAGUGUGGUUCCACAGAGGCACGGCAAGGUGACCGCAGGGAGGCACAGGAGGCUAAGCUGCCUUGCUCUGCUGUCAGCCUGGUGAAAAGACAAGAGAGAAGGGUGGCAGCACCACGGCGAGCCCCUCGUGCAGAGCAGCCCACCAUCUGCUCCGAGUGUGGCAAGGGCUUCAGCCGGAGCAUCCACCUCAUCCAGCACCAGCGAAUGCACACCGGGGAGCGCCCGUUCCUGUGUGGGGAGUGUGGCAAGGGCUUCAGCCAGAGCUCCCACCUCAUCCAGCACCGGCGAGUCCAUACCGGCCAGAAACCCUACACUUGUGCAGACUGUGGAAAGAGCUUCAGCCAGAGUUCUAACCUCCUGAAGCACCAGCGCAUCCACACCGGGCUCAAACCCUACAUGUGCAGCGAGUGUGGGAAGAUCUUCAGCGAUAGCUCCACCUGCAUCAAACACCAGCGUAUGCACACAGGCGAGCGGCCCUACAAGUGCUCAGCCUGCGGGAAAAGCUUCAGUCAGCACUCCCACCUCCUUCAGCACCAGCAGGCCCACAGCGGUGUCCGGCCUUACUCUUGCGGUCAGUGUGGCAAACGCUUCGGGCAGAGCUCUGACCUCAUUAACCACGCUCGUACCCACACCGGUGAAAAGCCUUACAAGUGCAGCCAGUGUGGCCGGGGCUUCAGUGGCAACUCCAACCUCAUCAAGCACACCCGCAUCCACACGGGUGAGCAGCCAUACCGCUGCGGCCAGUGCGGAGCAAGCUUUCGUUUCCAGCCCCAGCUGGUGCGCCACCAAAAGCACCAUGCAGGGUAGUUGGCCACGUGGAUGAUGGGCCAUGGACCUGGUGCCGUUGGAUGCUUCAUAUGGGGUGUGAACUGGGGCAGGGAGCCCUCAGAGCCUGUGUCCUUCUGGGUUGAUCGGUCUGUGAGCACUGCCUAGGCACUCAGCCUGCACUGAAUGAACUAGCGCAGGUUCACUGCGUGAGGUAGCAGUUCUCAGCCCCUCUUCGAGGGAAGAAAGAUACUUACCGUGGGGUAGCAAUUCUCAGCCCCUCUUUAAGGGAGGAAAGAUACUUACCGUAUGGUGUGUCCAAGACCAGGAGGGAGAGACAUUCCAAGGAUCAGUGCCUUCUUUUGUUAUUCUUAGAGGGUUGUGAUUUUUGUCCUAAAAUCUGUUUGCUGUAUAAAUUGCCUGGGUUUUGCCUCUGUUGUAAAGCCAUAGCUUAGCAUGAUUGCUCCCCUCAGAAUCCACAUCUCCCACUUGGCAGUUUUCUUGGGUUUAGGUGGUGUUAGCUAUUUAUUUCAAACCCCUGCAACACAGAGUUGGAUGCCUCAGAGUGUAUGUCACAGGCCCAGCCAUCCUCUGUGCGGGCCACUCUGGAACUGUAUUUCUGCUCGGUUGGAUAGCUGUUAAAUUGGCAGGUUCUCAGAUGAUGAUGCUUUGUCCUCAGCAGUUUGACAGCUUUGUCCUCAGCAGCAAUUAAGUAAAUUAACAUCCUAAUAGGUACUUCUCUCAGAUUCUUGUUUAGGCGCUUUUGUGGGUGGCACUUUAUGAAUGUUUUUAUAAGGCUUUUAAAAGUAUUUAGGAUGACUUUUUUUAAUUGUGAUUUUUUAAUUGACAGUUGAUGAAAAGAAAGAGGAUGAUGUUUCAAAAUAAGCUAUGUCAAACCGAUUUUGUAUUCAGUGUUAAAUAUCUUUUCUUGCAUAAAAGCUUUUAACUCUAA